AUGGACUUCGCCGGAGAGCAAAUGGUCUGCCGGAAAAGAUUAAAGGGUUCGCUUGAAUCCCGCGGAGAGUCUGACUUCUUCGAUGCCUUGCCUGAUGAUCUUGUCCUUUGUAUUCUCUGUAAACUCAGCUCCACUGCUUCCUGCCCUGCAGAUUUCAUCAACUUUUUGAUAACAUGCAAAAGAUUUAAUGGGUUAGGCCUCCAUUCAUCAGUGUUAUCCAAAGCCUGUGAGAAAAUGGUAGCGGUCAAAGCUAAGAACUGGUCUGAAUCAACUCACCGAUUUCUCAAACUCUGUGCUGAUUCUGGGAAUAUAGAAGCCUGUUACACUCUCGGCAUGAUUCGAUUCUACUGUUUGCGGAACCGAGGAAGCGGUGCGUCUUUAAUAGCCAAGGCGGCGAUCAGUUCUUACGCGCCGGCGCUGUAUUCACUCGCCGUCAUUCAGUUCAACGGUAGCGGCGGCUCGAAAAACGACAAGGAUCUGAGGGCUGGUGUUGCACUCUGCGCACGGGCCGCUUUCUUGGGGCAUAUCGACGCCCUUAGGGAGCUCGGCCACUGCCUGCAAGACGGUUAUGGAGUGAAGCAGAACAUCGCCGACGGCCGCCGAUUCCUCGUCCAAGCCAACGCGCGAGAGCUAGCCGCCGUUUUGGCCACGCCUGCGCCGAAAGCCAGCUCGUGGCUUACGUGGAAUCCCCUGAUGCAUCAUCGCCACAUCGCGGUCACGGGAUGCCCUUUGUUUAGUGAUUUCGGUUGUAAUGUUCCGGCGCCGGAAACUCAUCCAGCAAAUCGUUUUUUAUCCGAUUGGUUCUCGAGGUGCGAAGGGAGUCCGGGUCAGGGGCUACGGUUGUGCUCUCAUUCGGGUUGUGGAAGGCCCGAGACUAGGAGGCAUGAAUUUCGACGGUGCUCUGUGUGCGGAGCAGUGAACUAUUGCUCCCGUGCUUGUCAGGCGCUGGAUUGGAAGCUCCGCCACAAGGCGGAGUGCGCUGCCGCAGAGAGGUGGCUCGAUGACGCCGGCGAAAUUGAAGCUAACGGAAUUGCCAUAAACAUUGACGUCAAUGGAAAUGCUGUGGAGGCAAUGGAGAGUUAA